UCCCCGAGGCCCGGGCUGUGAUUGGGGGACGCUCCCUGAGGCCUGGGGAUUUGCGGACGGCCUCAGCCAGAGGAGAUGGUGCAGCCUGCAGUUGCGGGUUUGUGAAGCGACAACUUUCCCCGGCGAGAGGGAGGAGGCCCCGGCCCCGCAGUGAGAGACUGGCCGCUGGAAGCCCCCCCACAAUGAGGUGCGGGGCGGCACUGGCUGCUCUCCGGUUCCGGACCAGCUUCGAGUUCGGGAACCGUGAGUUAGCGAAAUGGUUCCCCGGGCACAUGGCUAAAGGACUUAAAAAGAUGCAAGCCAGUCUGAAAAAAGUGGAUUGCAUUAUUGAAGUUCACGAUGCCAGGAUUCCUCUGUCCGGACGUAACCCCAUGUUUGAGGAGGCCCUGGGUGUCAGACCCCAUCUACUGGUACUAAACAAAAUGGAUUUGGCUGAUUUAACAAAUAAACAGAGAAUCAUGAGAGAAUUGGAACAACAAAGAAUCCAAAAUGUUCUGUUCACAGACUGCCUACGGGAAAGAGACGUAAACGUGAAGAAAAUUGUUCCUGCUGUUACAGAACUCAUUCAGAAAGGUGACCGGUUUCACAGAAUGGAGAACUUGGAAUAUUGCUUGAUGGUAAUUGGUGUACCAAAUGUUGGCAAGUCGUCUCUCAUUAAUGCCAUGCGAAGGAUGUAUUUAAAAAAAGGCAAAGCCUCCAGGGUUGGUGGAGAGCCAGGGAUUACCAGAGCCGUGCUCACAAAGAUACAGGUCUGUGAAAGGCCCCUCAUAUAUCUAUUAGAUACUCCUGGUGUCUUUUCUCCACGUGUAGAAAGCUUGGAAGUUGGCAUGAAGCUGGCACUCUGUGGAACAAUAUUGGACCACUUAGUAGGAGAAGAAGUAAUUGCAGACUACCUACUUUUCACACUGAAUAAACAACAGAAGUUUGAUUAUGUUGACCGAUACCAGCUGGGAGAGCCCUGUGAUGAUGUGCAGACUGUGCUCAAAAAAAUAGCCGUAAAUUUAGGCAAGACACAGAAAGUAAAAGCCAUCACUGGUGUUGGUGACAUUAACAUUCUCAUGCCAAACUACAGUGCAGCUGCAUAUGAUUUCAUCAGAACAUUCCGGAAAGGUGAACUGGGAAAGGUCAUGCUGGACUGAUGUGAACGCAUCCAGUUUUAAAAGAUGAAGAGCAGAAGAAUCUUACAAACAUUUGGGAUGUCCAAUGUUCCAUUGUGGGAAAGGAAGGUCUACAUCACGAUGUAUAAGAACACUAUUUAAAACACCUUUCAUGUCUUGUGAAAUACUAAUUUAACAAAUGAAAGCUGCCUCGAUGAACACACGGAGCAUGGUUGCUUUACAUUGAAACUUCAGGUGUUCCAUUCUCAGUAAGAGUUGAGAAUACAGCUAACACCCAAGUAAACCAGGGGACUCUUGUACAAAUGUCAAAUGUUUGGAAACAGUCUGAAUAAAAUACUGAUUACAAAGUAAAGAACUAAACAAUGAAUCCAUCACAGCCUGACACUGCUGCCUUUUCAGAUCAGGUUAAAAAAGUGAGAGUAGUUGCGGCUAAAAAUAUGCUGUGUAGUUUUCUACAAGUUGGCCAGGAUAUCGACGUAGUCUUCUCUUAACUGGGUUACAUGAAGAAGUUUCACAGUCACCCCUUUGUGUCAAAAUUAAGAAACUUAAUUGCGUUUUUGAAUAUUAGUUAACACAGCAGGGACUGACAGUAUCACAUUUAGAUUUGAUUUGAAUAAAUUAAUGAACUUUACUGGUAUGCUGAAGUUCAUUAUAAUGGUAAUAUUUACAUUGUCCAUAUUAAUGCAGUACUUUAGACUCAGUAACUCCUUUCCAUUUCAUUUUCUCUUGUCUUUCUUGUUUAUCAUUGUUAAGCAAGUAUAUAUUUUUUUAAAAGUUAUUUAAUUCGUUGUUUUGCAACUUUUUUUUAUUGAAUAGCUCCUCAUGAGCAUACGUGCCCCUUCACUAGCUCCUCACUUUCAGUUAAUUAUCUUUAUUGUCCAAGAUGAAUUGUAGUCUUCUGUGUUAAAAGUGAAAUGAUUAAAGGUUUGCAUUUGCAUAAAACAUGGUCAGUUAUUUUGGUAUGUCCUCUAUAUGACAGACCUAAAUUUGCUCUGCAUUGACCCAGAUUCAUUCUGCAUCCACUGGAAAUUUGAUACCUUUUUGUCCCUUCAUUGCUGAAAUUUCAGUGACAUUAGACUUUCCUGGUUCACUGUUGUGCCCAGCAACUGCUCAAUCCAUUCUUGUAAGUCACAUUAUACAGUUGAAUAUGGAAUGUGUCACAACGCAUUCAAAUUCUUUCAUCCAUUCUGGGUGUCAACUGUAUAGUUAUUUAAAUCAAUAUAAGACAGCACUAACAUCACAUUAAGAAACUUAAUGCAUCUAAUUUCUAAAUUAUCUUUAGUUUUAAUGCAGGUCCAAAUGACAUGUAAUACCUCUAUGGCAGCUAGAAGACAUCCUUUGUGUAGGUAACAGUGGGUAUACUCUAGUGACCAAAGGGAUCCAGGACAGUAUGCCCACUGUCCCCUCAUGCUGUAGGUAGUGAGUACUACAGUGAUUGUUUUUUCAAGACAUUCAGCUCAAAUACUGAACAAAUUUUCAACAAGUAAUGAUGUGCUUUAUUGAGAAGGUUGGACAUCCUGGCUAGAUCACUAUUUGUGUGUUUCUAUUACAUUGAUGCUGUGUAUAAAAUGUAAUUAAAGAGUAAAAUAAAAAUUAGU